AGGUCUACGCUACAUCCAAGUCUAAACAGCCGUAUCUAACUGUGAGUUGUGUCUCUAAAGAGGACGUUCAGAAGCGAUUUCUCUUCACUGAAGGUCUCGGGUUAUACCAUCAGGGGUUAACUAACCACUAUGAUUAAAGACGAGAAUAAACAAAGAGCAUUGCUGGAUUGACAAAAGAGAAAACAAAGAGUAUUGCUUUUGUCUACUUGUUUUGAUUUGGACCUCUACCAAAUUUCCACUACAUAAAUUUGUUAGUAUUAAAAAAACAAAAAUAACAAUUGAGUGGCGACUGAGAUGGCGAUUUGGAUUCGCAGAGUUUGAAAUGGAGUUCCCUGUCGAUUCUGGGGGAGGGAGAGUGGGUCUCUCACCUUUUCCUUCUGUUGGUUGGUCUCGAAGAUGGAGUGGGUCUCCUUCUCUGAGGUUGGUUAGAUCCCGUUCUGUGUGGACAGAUUCGGAUACCAUAAACGAAAUUCGGUGCAGUAUGGGUUCUAAUUUAGUGAUCUUGGCGGAUCUGAAGGAGAUUUGGUUCCUGAUUCGGUCAUUUGUUGAGAUUUUGUCUCUGGAGAUUGGGCUUCAUCUUAGGGAUUUGCGAUUGCUUGAGAUGGCGAUAUCUCUUUCACAGAUCGGGUGGUGGUUCUUUCAAUCUCUCUUCUAUGGUAAGUCCGAGGCGUAUUCUUUGGUAAUUAAGGCUCGCAGGAGAUUUGAUUAUUCGACGAUACAAUGGGAGUUGAUAUGGUUAAUGAUGGGGAUCUAUUUGAUUCGAUUUGGUGAUUCGUAUGGGUUGAGGAUGGUUGUUAAGGUAUUUAGGUGUUCAUAUGGGAGCCGUUAAGGAAAUUCUUCCCUUUGGUAUCUCUCGCUGUUGGGUUUUGUACGGUUUCACUCACUCAAAACGUUCUGUGUUUUCUCUGUGGGAGGUCUUUACGAUUUGCUUACUUCUCGAGAUAUGGCUCAACUAGCUCUCAACAAGGGAAAAUCUGCUCUGGUCCGUACUGACACUGUCACGAUUUCAAACUCUGUUUUGGCUCAGAGAAUUCAGCAGUUCUCAAUGACGCUCAUUGGUAGAUUGAUGAACCGGCUUGUUAGAACAUGGAGUCUCUGAUUGCUAACUUUCCAAAGAUAUGGAAGCUAGAGGAGAAGGUUAUGGGAGCUGAUCUUGGACAGGGUGUAUUUCAGUUCAAUUUUGAAGAGGAAGAAGAUAUCUUAUCUGUUCUGCAGAACGGUCCAUACCACUUUGAUAGUUGGAUGGUCUCUUUGGUUCGUUGGGAGCCAGUCAUCUCAUCCACCUACCCUUCGGUGAUAAACUUUUGGGUUAAGGUGUCAGGAAUUCCAAUGCAUCUGUGGGAGGCAGUCACUUUAGAAGCUAUUGGGAAGAAGAUUGGGAAGCUACUAGAAGUGAAUGAGGAGACGGGGAGUCUCUGUGUUUCAAUUAAUGGGUUUAAUCCCAUGAUUUUCAAGAUGGUGGUCCCUUUUGCUUCCGGUGAUGAAAUAGUGGUUUCUUUGGACUAUGAAAAACUAAUGGGGGUCUGUGAUCAUUGCUCGAGGCUUACGCAUGAUUCGAAGGUCUGUCCAGAGCUGCUUAAGGUUGGGUCGGGUUCUGGUCCUACUGAGAAGACGGAUAACAGGGGUGGUCAAAGGCAUCUUCUUCCGGUCAAACAAGAACAACACCAUAAUGCUGGGGGUUGGGAAAAACCUAGGAAACACGCUAAGCGGGCUCUAGAUUUUCAGUCUAUGGAUCUUGGUGAUCAAGGAUACCUCCCACAGCAACGUAUUGGUGGUGGGGGUCCAUACGGUCCGCGACAGUAUGAACGGCAUAAUGGUCCGGCUUGGGGUCAAAGGAGAAAUCACGGUGAGGUUGUUAUGAGCGACGAUGGAGCUCGUCGUGGAUUUCAAAUGGGUAGUGGUGAGUCAUCGAGUAAAACUUCUGGGUUUCACCUGAAUAGAAAGAGUGUUGGGCCGGCUUGGCCUAAACCUCUGUUUAAGGUGAAGCAGUCAUCGAGUGGGAAACAGGAUUCUAUGAAUCGGGACAUUGCUUCCGGUAGUCAUGUCUCGCAAGGGGCGAGGGAUCAGGAGGACAGAGACCAUCAGGGGGAUGCGGGGGCGUCUUUAGAGAUGGAUUUUGAGGUUGAGAACGAUGACCUUCUUGAGGAUGGGGAGCUGGGUGAUACUGACAAGGGUGAUCAUAGGGUUGUUAAGGAUGCGGUUGAGUUUCCAGUCCAGGGAGCAGAGUCACAUCCUAGUCACGGUCCUAAUCCCCAAGGUGAUGAAGGGUCGGAUUCUCAGGUUGAGUCUGGAAGUGGUCCACAAGGUAACGGUUUUAAUUCUUUAGGUGUGGGGGUUGUUAAUAAGGCCUUAGCAGCUUUUACGUUAAAAGAUUCAAGUAGUCAUAAAGGGAGGUCUUUUAGUUCUUACGGUAAAAAGAGUGUGGGGAGUACUAGGGUUGCUACUGUGGUUUUAGCUUCUCCAGGAAAACGCUUACUUGCUAAGGCUUUGUCUAAACCUGCAGGUGAUGGACAUAAACAGAAGCAGAUGGGGAAACCGGGUAAUGCUAAUGUGGAUGGUAAACCUUCGGAUGGGGGUCUUGAGUUGGAACGUGAAGAUCUUGAGUUGGAACUGUCAGGGCAUUGGGGUGGAUCUGACAGAAGGAUAUUUGGGAGAUUUGUGGAAGCAGCAUAAGCCAGACAUUUUAUUUUUAUCAGAAAUUAAAAAAUGUUUUCCUUAUUUACAAAAAUUUCAGAAGAAGUUUGGUUAUAAUAAUUUGUAUUCUGUUGAUCCCCUUGGUUCUAGGGGUGGAUUAGCUUUAUUUUUCAAGGAUGAAAUAAAUUUAUCUAUUUUAUAUGA